GUUGUAUUGUGGUGAAGCCGUGUGCCGCGCAGCCCGCCGCGUACCGUAUCGCAGUCGUCACCGUCGUCGCCGUCGUCGUCGUCUCCUCGCAGUGCCCUCUCCUCGUUCACACUCACCCGCCGUGUUUCUGUGCGCGUCCCACUCGCACCGUCCCCGUCCGUCCGCGUCGUCCGCGCGUCUCCGGCCGAACUUUUCUCGCGAGCUUCUAUAUUGUUUUUGAAGCGCAUACACAGCACCGUCGAUCGCGCAAGCGCACGCGCGGCCCUCCGAAGGGACUACGUAUCGCGUGCCGAGAAAUAACGUCUUCGGCGCACCGCCGCCGCCGCCGACACCACAUCUAUCUCCGCCGCCACACCUUCACCGGCGAAUUCAUCGCCUCCACCGGCCGGCCGGCCAACACGUGGUCUCAGGCGCACGUGCACCGCCGCCGAGACAUGACGUGGACAUUGAUCGUAGUCUACGCAACGCUGUGCAGUGUCGGUACAGCCACCGAUGAAUUUGCAGAUGAAAAAGUUUUGCCAAACGAACAUGAUCUUCAAACUGCUAUUAAAGUUCCGUUCGACGACCCGCAGUUGUACUUUGACAUCGGGGAAGAUGGUUAUCCAGCAUUUGGCAUUAAACCUGGAUCUGAUAUAAAAUCACCGUAUCGAUUAUUCCUACCCGAGAAAUUGUACUCUGAGUUUUCUAUUGUGGUAAAUUUCAAACUCAAUUCUAUGAACGGUGGUUUUCUGUUUGCCGUUGUCAAUCCUUUAGAAAAUGUGGUGCAGUUGGGCUUGCAAGUCGUACCGUCAUCGUCCAGCGCGAUGAACGUGAGCUUCCUGUACACGGACGUGAACAAAUACUCAUCGUCAUCGAACGUCUUGGCCAUGUUUUCGGUUCCUUGGAAGAUCCGGAAAUACAUACGACUGAGUUUAAAGGUGACCAGAGAGUACGUGAAGCUGUUCGGUAGGUGUUUGGAACCGCAAACCGUCACGGUAGUCAGAGAUCCGGUGGAAUUGAUGUUCGACUCGGCGUCUACGUUGUACAUUGGCCAGGCAGGGCCGCUGAUCAAAGGACCGUUCAACGGGGCCAUACAAGAAAUGAAAAUCUACUCAUCACCAGAUUUCGCCGAUAUCGAGUGCACGGAACUUUUACAAAAGCCAGACGAUGACAAGGAACCAGAAAAUCCCGAAGACCUGGCUAACGGCGGUUACUCGGAUAGACCACCUGCUCCUCCACCGCCGCCGCCAUCAAACGAAAACCAUGGCUAUCAGAUGCCCAACAUCAAAGGAGAUAAAGGCGAUGCUGGUCAAAAGGGAGAGUCGAUCAGAGGACCGCCCGGACCACCAGGACCUCCGGGCUCGCCGUUUUCCGGAGACUUUGCUACCGACGAAGAACUCGUCAAGUCCGGAGUAUCUGGACCAAGAGGUCCGCCAGGUAUAUGCAGCUGUAACCUCACCACGUUAUUUGCACCCGGCAACAUACCGGAAUUACUGCAAGGACCGCCGGGAAAUCCAGGCAUUGAUGGCAAAAUGGGAUUGACAGGACUUCCGGGUGCCGUAGGAUUGCCAGGAGAUCGAGGACCAGAAGGCAUAAAAGGGGAUAAAGGUGAAAGAGGAGAUGUCGGGCCACGAGGAAGCGAAGGCAUUCAAGGCCCUAAAGGCGAUUCUGGAAUUGACGGGGAACGUGGUUUACAAGGACCUCCAGGUCCGCCAGGUCCGCCUGGUGGAUCAGACUUUUCAAACAAUGAUCCUAGUUGGAAACCAAGACCGAUUUACAAGGACAUAGGGUUUGAGUCAAAUGUUGGGAGGCCCGGUCCCCCAGGUCCUAAAGGCGACCCGGGUGUUGACGGCGCUCCAGGCUUAAAAGGCGUAAAAGGAAUUCAAGGCAAUAAAGGCGUUCGUGGUGAGCUGGGAAGCAAAGGAAUCAAAGGUGACAAGGGCCAUGCUGGAUCUAUAGGACCACAAGGUUUUAAAGGGGAACGAGGAAUACGUGGUUUUGACGGAACACCGGGAAUGCCAGGAGAAAAUGCUCGUCCAGCGCCCAAAGGCGAAAAAGGUGAUACUGGGCCACCCGGACCACCCGGUCCACCUGGACUAACGCAAACUGGAGUGAAAAUUGAUAAAAUGGAUACAGCAGUUGUGAAAACAGUCAAAGGUGAUAAAGGCGCAAAAGGUGAUCAUGGGGAAAAGGGAGCUGUUGGUAAUCUGGGCCCAGGAGGGAACCCUGGUCCGCCUGGUUUGACAGGUCCCAAAGGUGAACGAGGAGAACCCGGUUUACCGGCACCCUUAUUAUCUACGACCGAUCUAGGAAUGAGCAUCAAAGGAGAUAAAGGUGAAAUGGGAAGAAGAGGCAGACGCGGAAAACCAGGUCCUAUAGGUCCGCCGGGUCCACCUGGAGAAAUUGGUUUGCCUGGUUUACGAGAAGACGGUACACCAGGUAAAGCAGGAGGCCUUAAAGGGGAAAAAGGAGAUCCGGGAGAAUCUGUUAAAGGCGAUAAAGGGGAACCAGGAAAAGACGGAUUACCAGGUUCAGGCGGAACAUACGUGCCUGUUCCAGGACCACCAGGCCCACCAGGUGCUCCGGGUAUUGGAGUCGAAGGGCAAAAAGGUGAACCCGGUGAUCCUGGUUUUUCUUCUGCGCCACUCCGAAGUGAAAUCAAUGAACACAUUAUUGUACCAGGCGCUCUGACGUUCCCGAACAAGAAAUCAAUGAUAAACGUGACAGACAGAACUCAGAUGGGUACCAUUGCAUUCAUCAUCGAAGAAGAAGCUCUUUUAGUACGUGUUACGCGUGGUUGGCAGUACAUUUCUCUCGGUUCGUUGGUCACCACUGGAAUCGAUCCGGUCCCGACAAGCUUUCCGAUGCCCACAAGAGUGCCAUUAGAAUCAUCAAAUUUAGUACACAAUCAUCCAGUGAAAGAUAAUACAAUGUGGCAUCCUAAAAUGUUACGAAUAGCAGCAUUGAACGAACCAUAUUCAGGUAAUAUGCACGGCGUUCAGAGCGUGGACUACUCGUGUUAUCGUCAGUCUCAGAGAGCGGGGCUUCACGGAGCAUUCAAAGCGUUCCUGUCUUCGAGGCUUAAUAAUUUGAAAACGAUCGUUCACGAGUCCGAUAGAGAUUUGCCCGUAGUCAACAUCAAAGGAGAUGUGCUAUUUAACUCUUGGAAAGAUAUAUUCAGUGAAAACGGGGCGUUUAUAUCACAGCAGCCCAGGAUAUACAGUUUUAGUGGAAAAAAUGUGCUCACCGAUUUCACGUGGCCUCAGAAGACCAUCUGGCACGGAUCAGACGUGACCGGCGACAGUGCGGUUGACGGAAACUGUGAUGCGUGGAACUCGGAGAGCGCCGACAAACGAGGGCUGGGCUCGUCGUUGAUACCAAAGGCCGAUCGGCAGGCGAAACUCCUGGAUCAGGAUUCUGCUUACGACUGCCGCAACUUUUUCGUCGUCCUGUGCGUGGAAAUAACGCCUCACUCGGGCGCGAUGUUCUCGAGGAAACGACGCAGCGGCGGAGGGGGUCUGCACGACGAACCGCAACUACCGAUGAGCCGCCAAGAGUACGAGAGACUCAUGGACGACAUCCGAGCAACUUGAACGCCGGCCAAAAACAUCCGCAUCGUCGGCUGUCUUUAAUCAUUGCAAUUUAUAUUAUUAUUUUGACUUUAUUCUUUAUUAUAAUGUACGACGACACCGCACUUCUUGUCCGAUUUCGUUUUCUAAACAUAACUUAGCUGCGUACGCUAUACAAAUAAAUGAAACAACAAGGUACGCGAUAUAAUAAUUAUUAUCAUUACUAUUUUAUCGUCGUCGAUCGAUGUCUAUCAUUCCUCCUCGUUAAUUUGUAUUUAAAAAUCGCAUAUCAUUCAUACUACUCUCGCCAUAUCUGACUAAAUAAAUUAUUAUUAAUAAUAAUAAUAAUAAUUUAUUAUCAUUGUACUAUUAUCAUUUCGAGGUUUCCGAAACUACAACAAUGGCCGGCUUAAAAAAUAUUACUACAUAUUACACAUCAUACAAUAAAAUAAUAACCACAGCAUUAUUAUCAUCUAAUUUGCACAUAUCUCGUUAUUUUACUAAUAUGCUGUGGAUCUUUUGAACGAUUUUUAUUCGAAAUAUAUUUACAUUUCGAUUGUUUCAAAACACAUACAUUUUUUGUUUUUAUUUGUUUAUAUAUAGUAAAUAGUAUUGUUAAUGAGUAAGUUAAUGUUUUUGUAUUUCUAGUGAAUAUUCAUUUUUAAUGCAAAUCAGAAUUUUGUCGUUUUUAUGAAAUUACUAAUAUACAGGCAAAUAGUAAUACUAUUUGAAUACUUUUAAAAAAUACCUUAUUUUGAUCAAACAAACUUAUUAUUUUGCUACCAAAAAA